UGAGGUGAAACCACGAUCUGCAAAAAAUGGACAUUGAGUGGAUCGCGACGAAGGGGUAAGCGAAACGGAGACGAACAGGUGCUGCAGACGCGAAGCCGGCAAGCAGAGUCGCGAGGGAGAACAGAGACAACCAGGUUACGCGCAUGUUGAAAAGGCUGGUCUCGAGUCCCGGGGAGGAGGGUGGCUGUGAAGUGGGCCAUUAUCGGAGGCGGGCUGGCGUUAUAAGGGAACGGGAGAUAAUUGGGCACGAUAUGACGGAGCUUAGGCCAGGGGCAGCUGGAGGCACGUGCCCCUGCGCAAGGGGAGACUGGCACCGACCUCCCGUUGUGGAUUCAAUUGGCCGGCUCCCUCUUCCGCCACACGCUCGCCCAGGCACACGCCCCCUUCCUCUGCCACGCCCGCCCCCGCCCAGGCCCUGCCGCCCCUGCUGCCCUGGCCAGCCAGCCACCACCGCCCGCCAACCCACGUCGCCCCUCGCCGUCCUGCCCAGUGCCCGGCAAAAGUGCGCGCACCGCCCUCGCGCCCCCCUGCCCCGUUCGAUCCGGCCUCUGUCGCAAUCGAUCUCAUGCACGUCUCAAAUGAAUGUGCCUGUCAGACUCUCCCUGACAGCUCUCACCGCGGGAAGAGCCUCUUCCUGCUUCCGACCGGCACACCCUGCCACACCGUUCCCCCGAGCGCGUCCUCCUCGGCACGGCGCGUCUGCUCACUUGCCCUGGCGCACGCAGCCUCACACAGGCUCUGCGCUAUUCUCGGCGAACGCCCAGGAUGCUUCGGACAGGCACCUCACUCGCACCCGCACGGCAGGCGGAUGCAAACUCUGGUAAUGCCGCACCCUUGUGCAAUCAUGCCCCGCUGGAUUUCGUCCACCAGCGUCAUGCUUGCCGGACACACUUCCAGGCCAGAGCAUAAUAGGA